UUAAUACAAGAGAGUAGGACCUACUAACAGUCGCUCUGAGUCUGAUUGCACUGGUUGUGUGUGCCCUAGUUAGUGUAGACUGUCAAACGUGUAUAGCUGCUCUAGUUGUGCUUGGUUGUAUGGAACGCCAAAUAGGUCAAAAAUACAUCCCACUUCAAGGGGGUGUCUCACACAUCUAUCGGUUGCUUUGCACACAUCGAUCUUUACCCACUUGUACACUUUUGACAUCUAUUGACUACUUGACAUUUAUCGACUACCUGACAUUUAUCGACUAAUUGACAUCUAUCGACUACUUGACAUCUACUGCUACGUAUACUUACAUCUAUCAGCUAGUUGACAUCCAUCAACUACUUGACAUCUAUCAGCUACUUGACAUCUAUCGACUACUUGAGGAGAUCGAGGAUGCCUUACUUAAACAGGCUUUGACAGAGAGCAAGCAACCUGACACUCAACAUAAAUCUGUGAUGGUCAGCUCUCUUUCUUGCUUGCUGAAUGAAGCUUCUGUCUGAGUAUCGGUUCAAGGAAUAUCAUUAGAUCCCAAUACGACGCACUCAUGUGUUAGUAGAUGCACUCAGAGCUGCAAGGCGGCCUGCAUUUACAAGCAUCAAGACAUUGACGGUUAGAAUAAGGAUUAAUGGUGUAUAAACACUCUACAUUAUGUUCUAAUUAAGGUUCACUUUGUAAGUGAGGAAGCAGAAGAUGGUGGAGGCCCAUCCAGGGAGUUUUGGUGCCUGUUGGGGAAAGAGAUAGCUCAGUCCAUGUUUGAGGGCCAUGCGAACAGUAAGGUUGUGCGGCACGAUUUAUUGGCUUUGCAGGGUGAGAAGUUUCUUCUCGUAGGAAAAUUGAUGACCAUGGGAAUCACUCAGGGUGGUAGUGGUUUCUCCUUUUUUGGAAGUAGUCUCUACGCAUACUUGUGUGGUGUUAAAAUCUGUGAUAUUGACAUACCUGAUGAAGAAGUACCAAAUACUAACGUCCGGAUCCUUAUUCAGAAGAUCAAUGAUGCUGCUGAUGACAAAGACCUAAAAGAUUGUAUCCUUGAUGAAUGUGACACCAUUGUGAAUGCCGGGUACAGCAAGCCACUUUUUACCUCGACGCAAGCAGACAAAGUUGAGAUAGUGAAGACACUAAAACUCUACUACACUCUUCUCGAGUCUUUAGCAGAGAUUAACCAGCUCAAGGAGGGAUUGCAAGUGAACGGUGUGGGAGAAGCAAUUGUGAAGUACCCUGAACUAAUGAGGCCUCUAUUUGUGCACAAUAACACACAAGUUCUGACUGCUGAGACCAUGAAGGCCAUGUUCAAAAUCACCCACUUUUCACCUAAGGGCUCAAAUGAUCUUGCUAAAGAAGAGGCUACUUACAUGCUGUUUGUAGAUUUUCUGUACGAUUGUGAAUGUGUUGAAGGUGACUCGGAGGAUUCUGUCAGUCUUAAGACCAUUCUUUCUUUUACUACUGGUUCAGAGUCUGUUCCACCGAUGGGAUUUGAUAACUCUUUGGGUCUGAGAUUUAACGAUACCAAUGUGUUUCCCACGUCGUCCACUUGUGCGUUGGAGCUAACCCUGCCCUCCAAGUAUUAUAACAAUCCAGAGGAGUUUAAAAAGAAAAUGGUAUAUGGUAUGAAAAACCAUGGAGGAUUUGGUUGCCUAUAAGCACUGCAAUAAAAUGAACAUAUACUCUUUUUGUGUUUGACAAAACCUAUUAACCCUAUAUCACUUUCAUACUUUAUCAUGAUUCUUUCGAACAUAAUUAUACUCUUUUUGUGUUCUAUUCACCCU